CAGGGACGACACAUCAGUCGCCAGUAAUCUGCGCGUGCGGUUCAAGCGUGCCUUGCUUUCAUCAAUGCCUUGUUGUUGGUUCCUGCGUCCAUGUGCGCCCGCGAAUGUGCGUCUUGUGCACAGGGCCAAUUCGGAAAAAAAAAAAGGAAAAAAAAGAAGAAAAGAAAAAAUAGGGAAAUCGCUGGCUUGCCCUGCGUACCUGCUUUUAGCCCUUGAAUAUGAUGAUCUACGAAAGCAUACGAGCAGCUCUCUGCAAGAACAAUCUAUGUACACAUUUUCAUCGUGUGCGGUACAUGUAUCAGCGGCACCCAUCCUGUCCACCUCGCCAAUCUCAGCACAAGCUCCCGUUCCCCUUUGUCUCCCUUUCUUCGAUCCGUCCCUUCGAUUCCCCCGUCCCGUUAGACGCCGUCCCGUCCUUUCUUCCAAGAUACCGGUAUCAACAAAAGUAUUUUCUCCGAUGGACAGAUCGAUUUUGACGGAAGGGGGGCAUGCGAGCGAAUCGGAAACGGAGCGAGAUGAGAUUUUGGGACUAGCUGAUUAGCAAUAGCGUCGGUUUGCUUCUUUCACGGCGAUGGCUCGUUUAGGUUAGUGAAAUGCGGGGAAAGUCACGUGGACGGGAUGUACCUUUCGCACCUAUAUUUGGACUCGUUCAAUCGUAGAUGGGACGGGGAAGGCGAGUCGUACAGAACGGUCAGUAGAAUUCGGCCAUCCGUGAACCGUCUCACGGUUGGACUGAGGGGCCGUACGAGGAUGCAGUACUGGCUACCUAGCUAGGGCAUUACCGAUACGUACAAUAGUUGCGUUGUAUGAAGCAAGAAUGGUGCGAUAUUCCCCACACCUCCAACUGAGAGUACUG